CCACAGGCUCUGCACGACUGUAUGCAGUAUUUGCAAGUGCCACCGUCACGGUACGAAGAAUACUCGGCACUAAACUUCCCGAACGACCCGCAAACGAAGUGUCUGGUGCGGUGUGUCGGGUUGAACCUGCGCUGGUGGAACGACACCACCGGAGUCCACACACCCGUGAUCGCCAACUUCUUCCGACCGGAUCCUACCGAUGUGCACUACGAGCGAGCUACGAAGGAGUGUGUGGAGCACCGACUGAAGCCGACGUUCGGCAAUCCUUCGCCACAGGACUGCUGUUGUCGGGCAUACAACACCUUUGUGUGCUACCUGGAAAACUAUGGGAACCUUGUGUACAGUCCCCAGUACUAUCCCGAGGAUCGCUCCCGGCAGGUGCGAAUCGCGUACGAUUGCAUCAAUAUGCUGCAGGUACCAAAAACCCUGCUACAGCGUUUCACCAAGGAUGGUUUCCCCGAUGAACCCAAGACACGGUGUCUCGUCCGAUGUUUCUUCGUGCGCCUGGGAUUGUAUGACGUAGUGCGAGGCUUUGACCAGCGCCGGUUGUAUACGCGCGACUAUGAGACUCCCGACAAGCGGUACCUGUCGAAGGAAACCCACGAGAAGCUGUUUGCCAUACGUUCAACCAACCACGAUCAGUGCAUGGAGGUGAACCGCGCGUAUCGUGAAGUAAUUGGAGAACUGGGUACACCUUUCUACAGUGUCUCGAUCAUGCAACAGGCCGCGACCCAAGCUUUGAGCGAUGGAUCGCCUUGUAAGGUACUGAACCAUACUAAAAACCCACCUAAGGAAUACUGCGGCCCUUGGUUAAGUUACUGUCCUUCGUUGGAGUUUGUGGAUCCUUGUGUCGCCAACGUAUGGGAAACCGCUCCGGUGGUCGUCUAA